GAAUUAUUGUAACGGAUAGUUAACGGCCAUACCUCAUUAAUGGCACGUCUUGAUAAUAUAAUGUUUGUCAGUGGCAUUUGGUGAAUUUUGAAAAACCCGAUGACAUUUGAUGAAUUUUUAAGUACUCAGUGACAUUUGGUGAAAUAGCCGUAGAAUCAUUUAUGACUUUAUAUCGGUUAAGAGUCCAAGAAUUCCUCAUACCUAAGCGGUAGCCUUACGAUAUUACCCCAAGCUUUACGGCUAGACGUCACUUUCCUAGAUGCUUCAUCGGUUCUUCCCUUUCCCAUCUUUUAGUAGUACUAGUUCUGCAACCGCAUCUAGCAAAUACGGAGUAACUCCAAUUGGCAGCCAAAACCAUACAUCAAUCGUCUCUGCUUGUAUUAUUAUAAUCCAAACUCCCCAAUUUAGUCAAAGUCUUCUCCUUCCCAUUGACUUCAUCCUCUUGAACUAGUAUUACAUACUCCUUCAUCCAUCUUCUUUUUCUGUACCUCCAACUUUGACAAUUCAACUAAUCAACCAAAUCCAACUCCACUUUUACAUUUAAAUUCAUCUCCAUUUACAAAUCAAACUCCACAAAAAACCCAAAACCAAAAAAUAAUCCAUAAAAAAAAUGAACAAUCUUAUUACAAGCUCAUUCUCCCGGUUCAGAGAAAACCCGGGUGACUUAGAGAUGGGUUCUCCCACCCCUAACCCAGGCGUAAACCUCGACAAGUUCUUCGACGACGUCGAGACUAUCAAAGAUGAUUUAAAGGAGAUUGAAGAAGUCCAUAAAAAACUAAGAUCAUCCCAUGAAGAAACCAAAACGGCCCACACUGCCGGUUCAGUUAAAGACCUCCGGUCUAGAAUGGACCGCGAUGUUGGGGUUGCAUUGAAGAAGGCUAAAAUGAUCAAAGUAAGGUUGGAAGCGUUGGACCGGUCUAAUGCUGCGAACCGGAGUAUAGCCGGGUGUGGACCGGGGAGUUCAGCGGACCGGACGAGGACUUCGGUUGUUAAUGGGUUAAGGAAGAAAUUGAAGGAGAAAAUGGAUGAAUUUCAGGAGUUAAGGGAGAAGAUUAGUGGGGAAUAUAGGGAGACUGUUGAAAGAAGGUUUUUUACUGUUACUGGUGAAAAUCCUGAUGAAAAGACUGUUGAUUUGUUGAUUAGUACUGGUGAAAGUGAGAAUUUUCUGCAAAAGGCUAUUCAACAACAGGGCAGAGGACAAAUUCUAGAUACGAUUGCUGAGAUCCAAGAGAGGCACGAUGCUGUCAAAGAUAUCGAAAGAAACUUAAUGGAACUACACCAGACAUUUCUAGAUAUGGCAGUGUUGGUUCAGUAUCAAGGUGAGCAGUUAGAUGACAUCCAGGCUAAUGUUGGUAGAGCUUCUUCCUUUGUUAGGGGAGGAACUGAGCAACUGCAUACUGCUAGGAAACACCAGAAGAAUACUCGAAAAUGGACUUGCUUUGCCAUAAUUAUACUUCUCAUCAUCAUUUUAAUCAUUGUUCUCUCUUUAAAGCCAUGGAAAAAAUAACUCACUAGUCAUUCGGCGACUUUGGUUUUUGGAUGGAGGAUUACAAGAUCUUGAAAUGCAAAUCUCGUACACUUUGUAGCUAUGUCAUAUCUUCGCUUCAUCUUAUAUUAUUUUUUUUAACCGUCUUUUGUCAUUGUAAUUAAGAAUUGUGGGAGCUCAAUUUUGAUCAGGCAUGAAGUCAAUUUUGUUUCCAAGAUGAAGAGAAACAAAGCUUGUGUUAAACUAGAUUUUGGAGUAGUUCUUCUGUUUGGCUCAAUUGGGACGUUGUUGUAUUUGAUCCUCAUCUGUAAAUACCCUUAUUGUUUGCUUGUAACAUUCUGUUGGCCUAGUG